AUGGAUGACCAGCAGAUGUCCGACAUUUACGCCUUUGCUGUGCAAUUGGGCAAAGAUGCUGGCGACAUGCUCAUGACAGCCGCUCAGGCUCGGAUUGACGGUCAACAUGGUGGUUCAUUUGACGAGAAGGAGAGUUCGGUCGAUAUUGUUACCAAGACCGACAAUGACGUAGAAAACUUCAUUCGGACCUCUAUCGCCGAAAAAUACCCCGACCAUGCUUUCCUCGGAGAAGAGUCAUACUCUGCUGGAGCUUCACGAACCUACCUCGUCGACGACCGACCGACAUGGGUAGUCGAUCCUCUUGACGGCACCGUCAACUUCACACACUUAUUUCCCAUGUUCUGCGUCUCAAUCGCAUUCGUUAUCAAUGGAGUCCCCGUGAUCGGAAUCAUCAACGCGCCAUUCCUACACCAAUUCUUCUCAUCAUGCUCUGGAAAAGGCGCAUGGCUCAAUGAGACUCAGCGACUUCCGUUACUUCGCAACCCGAGUCCUCCGAUGCCAGCAAACGCCCCAAGCGGAUGCACCUUUUCAUGCGAGUGGGGGAAGGAUCGUCGAGAUAUCCCAGAUGGCAACAUGACCCGAAAAGUCGAGUCAUUCGUUAAUAUGGCCUCGGAACGAGGUGGUCGAGGAGGCAAGGGAGGCAUGGUUCAUGGCAUGCGAAGCUUGGGGAGCGCAACUUUGGACCUUGCUUAUACGGCCAUGGGUUCCUUUGAUAUCUGGUGGGAGGGCGGUUGCUGGGAAUGGGAUGUCGCUGCUGGUAUUGCAAUCCUUGAAGAAGCUGGUGGCCUGGUAACAACAGCAAACCCUCCCGAUCAACCCGAGACGGCCGAAAUCCCCAUGGCACAUCUUGGGGGUCGAUUAUACUUGGCAGUGCGGUAA